AUGAGUCCCAAGGGCGGUAUGCUGUUGUUUCUCCAACACCGUCUUUACAUUGCUGUCGCAGUCGCAGCCUGUCUAAUCCUGUACGUAUCCAAUGUCUUAUUCUUCAGGGGCUUAGCUCUAGCUCCGCGCCACCUUCAGAAAGCCGACCGCGUCAAACAUCCGGCCAACGAAACUCUCGGAUUCGGUGCUAUCAUAGCUGUCGGCAGAAACAAUUCGACGCGACGCGACGAUCUCGUCUAUGCCGCAAACAUAACAAGCCUCUCAAUUGACUUUCCCUCUCAACCAAAAUGGACAGAAGAAAGUAUCUCCAAUUUCCGAGACCCACAAGAUCCCGAUGGCAAGAAUAUAACAAGAGGCGCCAUAUAUGCAUGGAUGGGCCAUCUUAAUGCAUUGAGAUGGUUCCUCGCGCACCCUGAGCUCGAAACCGCGUUUAUCAUCGAAGAUGACGUCGACUGGGAUGUCGCAUUGCGUACCACUCAGAUUCCUCUUACGUCUCGCGCAUUUGCUCAUUUUAUGGGUACUGCGGAUCCGACGUCUCCCUCUCUAUUCCACUCGAGACUCGCCGAUCAUUACUGGUCGGACCUGAACAAAUGGGACGUGCUGUGGCUUGGACACUGCGGCGAUUUCUUUGGUAUUCAAGAGCAGGAAGGAAUGCGCCGCACGGUGUUCGAAGAUCCGACCAUGCCAGAGCAUGAGUCUCUCGACUUCUACCUACAAAUGCACUUCAACACUGUCAACUUCCCAAAGCCCAAGAAACGCAUGAUCCACGAGACGCGUCUCAGUCUUUGUACAUUUGGCUAUGGUGUAACGCGUGCGUCGGCGCAAAUGAUGCUGAAGCGGUAUUCCCAGCAACACCCUAGCCUUGUCACGUGGGCGUGGGACGUAAUGGUACGUCUUGCGUGUACUAAAGAAGGCUUUCGAUGCUUUACAGUCAACCCUGAACUUAUGAGACAUAUCGAAGGGCCAAGUGCGGUUUCACUUGAAGAUCAUAAAGAAGAGAAGGCGAAAAGCAAUAUAACUCCAAAUCUUCGGUGUGCCGCGAGGCGGUCCGAAUGGCGGACAUGGCAUUGGGGUCUCUGGGAAUGGGCCAAACACCGCAUAGAGCUCAGAGGUGAUAAAGAAUGCCUGGCGGACCUUUUAGGGGCGGGAGAUGUCAAGUGGCCCAGCCCAAAAGAAAUAGGAGAUGAAAACUGGCAGGGCACGAAGGAGGUUUCGUGA